AUUCCCUCCAGUGGUGUUUCUUCACUCUUGUCUUUUAUCACCCAAAUACAAAACAUGCUUCCUCUCAAAGUGCUCCUCUUGAGUCUGACUUUUCAUCAACUCUUCGACAAUUUGGAUGCGGCAUUCUCUUGUCCAAAAGGUCAGCGGAUAAAUGUGUGCAACAGAAACCAGAAAUGUUGUCGAGCUUGUCCUGAUGGAUAUUACCAGCCUGAAGAGAACCACUCCAAACAGUGCAAACCGUGCACAAGGUGUAACGAAGUGUCGGGAAGUGAAGUGAAAGAGAAAUGCACAAAACAGAUAGACACACAAUGCCGGUGCCGAGGAGGAUUCAGUCCUGUGGAGCUUGAUUCUGCUACCUGCGAAUGUGCCCUUGGGUUUGGGUUAAAGCAGGGAGAAUGCUCUAAAUGUGAACAUGGAUUUUUUAGCCCACGUCCAAAUUCCCCUUGUUCCAAAUGGAAAGAGUGUAAGUCCGGCGUGAACGUGAACGGCAGCAGCACCUCUGACAUGCUCUGCAAUGGCGAGCCAAAGACACCAAACACUACGACGUCUGUCGUCACAAAUGUAGAACUCCACCGUCCACAAAGUCCUGACCAUAUUCAUCAUAAUCAUGAUAUCACCAAGGCUACCACAGAUCAUUAUGUGUCCUCCAAGGGCAACAUGCAGCCAACACAACCUCCAAACAUCACCCGCCACCACGUUGGCAUUUCCUUCCUCAUCUUUGCAAUUGUUGGACUGCUUGUUUUGACUGUGGUGACGUGUAAAAUGCACGUUAAUCCUUGCGUGAGAAGACAGCCAACGGUGCAACGUCCCCUCUAUCAGGACUACUGUCUGCAGGACGUCAAAGAGGACCUCCAGAGACUAAACAACAAACGGUCACUGACUGAGUUGAUCGCCCCUCAGUACCUGCAGGGUUUUCAGUCCCGUCUGAACCUUCAGCCGAGUUCACCUGAGCGGACUCCUCCGCCUCCCGAUGGUCACGUGAUCCGAGUGUCGGCAUGCAUGCUGUGGCGGGACUUGGAGGAAGUGAAGGCUGCGGGUCUGCUGGGCCUCCUGACUCCUGGACAGGUCCAGCUUCAAGAGUGUAUGUUUGAGUUGAUUGUCUCUGAGGCGUCUUACCUGAGGAGUCUGGGCGUGGCCGUGGAUCACUUCUGCGCAUCCAAGGCCCUCCAACACACCUUGUCCCGGCUGGAGCAUCACACUUUGUUCUCCAACAUUCGUCACGUGAAGGCGGCCAGUGAGAAAUUUCUCAUGGACCUGGAGAUUCGCCUGGGGGAAAGUGUCUUCAUGUCCCAGCUAGGGGACAUCGUGCUGGAUCACAGCCCCUCCUUCCGUACUCGCUAUGUGCCUUACGUGACCAACAUGAUGUACCAGGAAGCUCUGGUCAAGCGUCUGCUGCAGCACAACCCGGACUUUGUGGCGUCGCUCAAGAAGCUGGAAGACGAUCCGGUUUGCCAAAGACAAAAUCUGAAGUCUUUCCUCGUCAUUCCUUUCCAAAGAAUCACUCGCAUAAAACUCAUCCUGCAGAGUAUUCUCAAACUGACGAAAGAAAAGUCUGAGAGUUUGUUCUAUCUUGAGAAAGCAAAGGAGGCCAUCCAUGAGAUAGUGAAGGAGUGUGAUGAGGGCAUCCAAAAAAUGAAGUUCAUCGAGCAGCUGGUCGCCUUGGAGACGCUGCUGGAUUUUGGCCAACUGAAGGCGGUUCCUCUGGUGGUAAGUGGCCGUUUUUUGGUGCACGAGGGUCCUCUGAACCAGCUGACUGUGGAGAGCAGCUGCCAGACGAGAACAUCGCUCACUAGCAUCCACCUUCAUCUCUUCAAUGAUCUUUUGAUCAUCUCCUCCAAAAGGGAGCAGCACUUCCUGGUGGAGGAUCACGCAGAGUUCCCCUCACACGUGCACAUGGUGCUGCUGAACACGGAAGCUGUGGGUUUGCCACAAAACUCCUUCGUGCUGCGUCUUUCACAGGGACAAAGUGGACGUCCGACGGCCAUGAUACUGGUGGCACACAGCAGGUCAGACAUGGAGCAGUGGAUGAAGGUGCUGCUGCAUUCGAUGCAAUGAACAUUUAAAAUAUUGUAGAUUAUAUUAUCACCUUUCACUCUGCACACCUUGUCACUGAUUCUCACAUGUUCAAGACACUUAUCACAUCUUUUUACCAUUUUAAUAAAGCACUUUCAUGUUUGG